AUGAGAGUCAGUGACGCUAAGGAACUCAUCAGUGUUAUCAUCAACGUUCUGGCCGAGUCCAACCCGUCCCGGUUCUCCUUCCUCUUCCGGUUCUACGACGAGCUGUUCCUGUUCCUGGACCUGAUGCUGCAGAACCACUUCCUGUCCGUCAGCAGCGCCUCCUUCUCAGAGAACUUCUACGGCCUGAAGAGAGUCUGCUCCCCGGCGGCAGGAAGUCCCGCCCCCCGGCUUCCUGUCUCUCUGUUUCUGAGCAGGAAGUCGCACUGGCGCUCUCUCCUCCUGCUGUGCGUGGCUCCGUACCUGAGGGUCAAACUGGAGGCGGUUUUGGCGCGGCAGCGAGACGAGGAGGACUUCUCCAUCCGACUGGAUCAGAGCCGGGUUCAGAAGAUGAGGCGGGCCGUUCUGGUUCUGUUUCCCUUUGUGGGCGGAGCUUGGAGAGGAGCAGCUUUCAUUCAGCAACUUCUCUAUCUGUUCGGAGCAACGAAGACCCAGAAUCCUUUGCUGUGGCUCGCCGGCGUCCGACUGGCACGACUCAGUGGAGACGAUCUGAAGGAGCUGGAGCUGAGGAGCAGGAGAGAAGAGAGGCUGGAGGGGGGCAGGUGAGAGAGAGAGA